AGUUUGAGGAGAGGGAGCGUGCAGUGGAAAAAGGACUGAAGAGAAAAUACCCUGUAGGCUGUAGCUUGAUCCUGGGGUUUUCUGCCUGCUCUGGUAUUUGAGUGCAGAGGUGCUGGUCUCUGGCACUGCUCGUCUCCCCUCACAAACUGGUCCGACUGCAGGGACUUCAGACACACUGAGAAGAGGAAGAGCUGUGGCUGUAUGCCGUGAAGAAACACAUCUGUUGGAAAAAACAGGAAGGGUAAAGAAGGUGAAUCAAGAGAAGAAGCAAACAGUCCUGAAGUUCAGAAAGUUGUUACAAACCUGUUAGAAUGGCAGCCGUGGAAGAACUGGACUUCUCCAUCUCCCAGCUGGGACCUCAAACCCUGACUGAAGUCUCCGACGACGAGGUCAACCUCCCGCCCUCAGAUGAUGAAGACGAUGUCCUCUCUGCAGCCAAGAAGGACCAGUCCAAUGAGGAGGACACCAACGAGGACAAGGACGAGGCAGGGAAGCAGGAUCCUCUGGCAAAUGGGGCCACGAUUUUGUCUUUGCUUGACAAGAUCAUUGGGGCGGUGGACCAGAUCCAGCAAACCCAGAACGGCCUGGAGACCAGGCAGCAGGAGAUGGAGCGCUCUGUGACCAACAUCCAAGGAGAGCUGACCAAACUGACCAAGAGCCACAGCACCACGUCCAACAGCGUCAACAAGAUGAUGGAGAAGGUACGCAAGGUGAGCGUCAACGUCAAGACGGUCCGGGCCACGCUGGAGAAGCAAGGGGGCCAGAUCAAGAGACUGGAGAGCAACGAAGCCGAGCUGCUCAAGAGACGAAACUUUAAAGUGAUGGUCUACCAGGAUGACGUUAAGGUUCCUUCCAAACUUAGCAUCUCCAAAUCCAUGAAGAUCUCUGAGUCCGUGUCAGGAAGCAGAGGAGGCAGUUUGCUGGAGCUCAAAGAAGCCGUGGAAGAACAGGACGAGGAAGAGAAAGAAGGAGACAAGGAAGACAAACCCCACGUGGAUCUGUCAUCAGACGAGGAGGGCGUGGAGAUCGAGACCAUUGAAGAGACCCGCGCUGAACGCAUGAAGCGCAGCAGCUUGCAGCGCAUGCAGAACCUGAAGACGGUUUUCUCCAAGGAGAAGAUGGACAGGACCAGAGCCAAGACUAAAGAGAACCUGGAGAAGACCAGACAGAAAACCAAGGAGAACAUUGAGAAGACAAGGCAGAAGACAAAGGAGAACCUGGAGAAGACCAGACAAAAAACCAAGGAGAAUUUAGAGAAAACGAAACAGAAGACGAGAGAGAACCUGGAGAAGACACGCCACAACAUUGAGAAGAAGAUGGGAAAACUCGGAACACGCAUGAGCGUAAAUCCUGAGCGCAAACAGAAGAUGAAGACAUCCGGAGACAAGGUGAAGAAGGCCUUCACACCAGACCACGUCGUUUACGCUCGAUCCAAGACCGCCAUGUACAAAGUGCCCCCUUUCACCUUCCACGUGAAGAAGAUCCGGGAGGGCGCUGUGGAGGUGGUCCAAGGCACCGAGAUGGUGGAGGUGUCCAGGGAUGUGGAGCUGGUCAGCGGGGAGGAUGUGGAGGUUGACAACGCUGAGGUGGAGGCGGAGCUGGAGAUGAUGAAUGGAGGUGGGGAUGAGGAGGAUGUCGAGGCAGAGGAGGAAGAUGAGGAAGACGGCCACGAUGCUUUGAGGGAGAACGAGGACAGAGACAGCGACUGAGAAGCAGAGAGAUGUGCCAACAAAGCCCCUGCACCGACGCUGAGAGUCUGCUUCAGUUCAGUCGAAAAAUAUUCACAGUUUCAAAUCAGAACCACGUUAAAAUGUCUAAACUCUCCUUUUGAAGCACUUCACUUCACUCAAGCCUACUUUUACUAUUUGGACAGAUUAUUUGCAGCUGCAUUGGUCUUUCCAGUGUUCUGAGAACCAAAUAACAUAAAAUGUCCCUGAAAUAUAACAGCUGAAAUCAGAAGGA